UUUGUUUUCCAUAGCUCAACUGGGAGGCGAAAAUAAUCAGUGCUGCUUCGCGAGGAGAAAGUUUGUGCGUCGAAUUUAUUGCCUGCUAAUCUUGUGUAUUUUUGUUUCGUUUGUGGCAGUGUCAUCGAAAAUCGGGACAUUAUGCUGAUAAGAAUGCCGAUAGCGUUUGUCAACAGAUUGCAGCUGUAAUCUAACGUCGUAAACGGCGGAACUAGACUAGUGGUCAUUGUUUUGCGCCCCUGCAGCGCCUUAUAUUGUGUUAUUUCGUGUGUAUUGUUGAAUUCUGCUCAGAAGCAAUGAUCGAUCUCACCGAAUCGCAGAAGCUGGAGGGUCAGCCCGGUUCUUCCAGCCGUGGUGUAUCGAGCGUUGAUAAAUACGAACUAGAAUGGCGCAAUAUCGUCACCAUAGCCAACGAUGAAACCUUGUAUGAUCUGCGACACGCUGCGGUGCGAGGUGAUCUGCGAGCUUCCCCUUUCCGGAGCAUCUGCUGGGCCGUUUUCCUAGGAGUCCUUCAAGCGCCUUCGAAAGAGUGGGUCAAACAGCGGCAAACCAGUCGGUCAGAGUAUCGAGCAUUUAGGAACCGACACAUGCUGAAUCCCCACGUAAAUUCCAACGGUGGAGAUGACCCACUGUCCCAGUCGAAACAGAGCCUCUGGAAUCAGCAUUUCUGUGAUCAGGAGUUGUGUUCCGUUAUUAAGCAGGAUGUCGUUAGGACCUUUCCCGGUGUUGAUUUUUUUCGAAAAGCCUCAGUACAGGAAAUGAUGACCAAUAUACUGUUUUGCUAUGCUAGAAAACACUCAGCAAUGUGCUACCGACAAGGAAUGCACGAGAUUCUGGCGCCUUUAAUUUUUGUAAUUCACAGCGAUCAACAAGCUCUGGCGCACAUCCAGGAGUUAGAUCCACAGAUUGAUCCCAAUCUUGUUGAAAUACUGAACGUAGAAAAUCUUGAGGAGGAUUCAUUCGCAAUUUUCUCUAAAAUAAUGCAACGAAUAGCCUCGUUCUAUCGGAUAACAGAUCUGAUACCAACAGCCACGGGUUAUUUUCCAGUGAUGACCCCAGUUUCCUCGCCAAAUCCGGCAAAGGCAUCAGGCGGUAGACGUAAACCCGAGAUAGAAGUUGUCGAACAAUUGAACUACAUUAAAGACAAAAUCCUGAUAAAGGAGGAUCUUCACUUGCACAACCAUCUUUUGAAACUAGACAUUCCACUUGCGAUAUUCGGUGUUCGUUGGCUGAGGUUACUGUUUGGAAGAGAGUUUACCCUGCAGGACCUGCUGCUUCUUUGGGAUGCCAUAUAUGGCGAAGGCGACGAGCUAAGUCUGAUAAAUUAUGUGGUGGUGGCGAUGCUUAUAAGGAUAAGAGACAGAUUAAUUUAUAGCGAUUACACCACCUGCCUAACGUACUUGAUGCGAUAUCCUACUAAUGUGGACGUAUCGCUGGUGAUACGUCACGCUUUGCACAUGAAGUCCCCUAAGAUUUACGAACGACCCGCGGGUGCAAUGAUAUAUGUUUCAUCGCCUCCGCCAAAGAAACCUCUUCAACAACCCGUGAUGCGUUCAAAGAACAUCGAGAUGGACUACCUGAAAUACUCUACGUUACCGAACGUUCAAAAACGUCAAUAUGAGAUAGACCUUACCAAGGAACGUGAAAACGAACGAUCCCGAACGGCUUCCUUGCCACGAAGCUCCGGAUCAUUACGAAUGUCAACAGCCAUCGAACUCAGGGAGAGUGCAGCAAUGGCUGCAAAGAAAGCAGCUGCCGCCUCAAAUCAAAACGAAGCAAUUCAAACUUCCAACAUAACCGAUGGAUAUUUUGAAGAUGACCCCGAACUUUUGAAGAUUGAACUGCAAGAGGCAUACAACAUCAUGUCGGUGAGUCGGGCAAAGCUUAUGCAGUACCUCAACGUGCUGCGACGUCACGCACGUCCAUCUAAUCCAACAGGCGAACUGCAGCAGUCGCUGGAUGGAAUCGAAGAGAUCUGCUCGCUGCUGAAACCACGCUACGAUACCGUGUUUCGCGCACCGGCACCAAUCGAUGCCGCCACGGAAGCAAACGAAGAUCAAUCCCAUUCGAAACGAACCACUACGGCGACUCCAUCCCUGGUUGCGCAUCGUACGCAAACUCCACCAACGAGCCUUAAUUUGCAACGUUCUUACAACUACGAUUUAGACUGCCGACGAAAUACUGCUGCUUCGAUAUCGCAGUACGAAAUUCCCGAAGAUCUGUACAGUGGAAUAGCAACGAAAAAAUUGGCCAACCGGAAGGAGGUGGAAAUGCACGUCUUCGAGCAGGACUUUGCUGACCGCACCCGUAGAUUAGACGACAAGGAGAUGCCGAAUGCGGAUCCACUUCGAACGGGACGUAGGAAUUCGGAAUGACCGGUUGUAGUUUGCUCAAUAUUUUCCGAGAAGAGAUAAGUUUUUUUUUUCGAAUCGCAAAUUGCCUACACAAAGUAUUAAUGUUAACACUAAACUGUAGAUCGACAUUGUAGACUUAGAAGCAAACAUUUUUUUGUUUGGCAGAACAAUAAUAUAUGCAAUAUGUAUGAACAACUUAGCAGCACGUGGUUAACAUUGAUAACUUAUCUGCAUUUUAGGCGAUCAAAUCGAUAAAAAUGACGAAUAUAAUUAUAUUCUACUGU